AAUAUUAUUUGUCCGUUUUGGUCAUUUGCAAGCGGAAGUUUUACCCUGACACUUCCCGGAAGUUCUCCCCGACUGUUUUCGCUGCCAGAGGGGGAUUUGAGUGCGAAAAUGGCGACGUCUCGUCGCACUUCCCAGCAGCAACAACAACAAAACUUAUCCUCCCCACCAAGACCCAACCCCAGUCCCCUCACGCCUCCAGAAUCACCCACAGACACCGGCGGCUCUGCGGCUGGUGGGGAGCCGGAAAGCAUCGGGGAUCCGGAGAUCACUGCAGAAAUCCCUGCUCCGCUCCUCAGCAGCAGCAGCAGCUCCAGCUCGAGCAGCACUAGCUCGUCUACCACCGGCGGGGGCAGUAGUGCGGACUCCACUCCCGACUCCGGUAGUGCCAGUCCUGGAGGCAGAGUCUGCGGGACGAGUGGGGCUUUCAGGGAGAUAUUUGAGGCCUGCAGGAAUGGGGACGUAUCUCGGGUGAAGAGGCUGGUGGAUUCGGUCAAUGUAAACGCAAAGGACAUGGCCGGGCGCAAGUCCACCCCGCUUCACUUCGCUGCAGGUUUUGGAAGGAAAGACGUUGUGGAACAUCUCCUGCAGACGGGGGCAAAUGUGCACGCAAGAGACGAUGGAGGUUUGAUCCCGCUGCACAACGCCUGUUCCUUUGGUCACGCCGAGGUGGUCAGCUUGUUGCUUUGUCAAGGAGCCGAUUCCAAUGCCAGAGACAACUGGAAUUACACUCCGCUCCAUGAAGCCGCCAUCAAGGGCAAAAUUGACGUAUGCAUCGUUCUGCUCCAGCACGGCGCCGAUCCCAACAUCCGCAACACCGACGGCAAGUCUGCCCUGGACCUGGCUGACCUGUCCGCUAAAGCUGUUCUCACCGGCGAAUACAAGAAGGACGAACUCCUGGAAGCUGCGAGGAGCGGAAAUGAAGAGAAGCUCAUGGCCCUGCUCACGCCAUUAAAUGUCAACUGCCAUGCCAGCGAUGGUCGUAAGUCGACAUCGCAAACAAUUCUGUCUACUCCAUUGCACCUGGCAGCCGGAUACAACAGAGUCCGAAUAGUUCAGCUUCUCCUGCAACAUGGCGCUGAUGUUCACGCUAAAGAUAAAGGUGGUCUUGUUCCUCUACACAACGCCUGCUCAUAUGGACACUAUGAGGUUACAGAGCUACUGCUAAAGCAUGGGGCGUGUGUUAAUGCCAUGGACCUCUGGCAGUUCACCCCUUUGCAUGAGGCUGCCUCCAAGAAUCGUGUGGAGGUGUGUUCCCUGCUGCUGAGUCACGGAGCUGAUCCCACGCUGGUCAACUGCCACGGGAAGAGCGCGGUGGACAUGGCCCCGACCCCAGAACUCAAAGAGAGGCUCACAUACGAGUUUAAGGGCAACUCUCUUCUUCAGGCGGCACGGGAAGCAGACAUGACCAAGGUAAAGAAGACCCUAGCUUUGGAGAUCAUCAACUUCAAGCACCCACAGACGCAUGAGACGGCACUGCACUGUGCUGUCGCCUCACCUCACCCAAAACGAAAACAGGUCACUGAACUGCUACUACGGAAAGGAGCCAAUGUCAAUGAGAAGAACAAAGACUUCAUGAUGCCUCUCCAUGUGGCAGCAGAACGGGCGCACAAUGACAUCAUGGAGGUUCUGCAGAAACACGGGGCGAAGAUGAAUGCUGUUGACACGCUGGGUCAGACUGCAUUACACCGGGCGGCUCUGGCUGGACACUUGCAGACAUGCAGGAUACUUUUGAGUUAUGGAGCCGACCCCGCCAUCGUCUCCCUGCAGGGCUUCACAGCCGCACAGAUGGGCAAUGAAGCUGUACAGCAGAUCCUAAAUGAAAACAUUCCAGUGAGGAACUCAGAUGUGGAUUAUAGACUAUUAGAAGCAGCAAAAGCAGGAGACUUGGACACUGUGAAGGGAUUCAGCCUUUGGGCUUCUCUGUGGAUCUGCGCUCAAUGUCUUUAUCUCUUUCAGCAUGGAGCAGACCCCACCAAGAAGAAUCGGGAUGGAAACACGCCAUUGGACAUGGUGAAGGAGGGAGACACAGAUAUCCAGGACUUGCUGAGAGGAGAUGCAGCGCUUUUGGAUGCCGCCAAAAAAGGCUGCCUGGCCCGGGUCCAGAAACUGUGCAGCUUGGAGAACAUCAACUGCAGAGACACACAGGGACGCAACUCGACUCCGCUGCACCUGGCAGCUGGCUAUAACAAUCUGGAGGUAGCAGAGUAUUUACUUGAGCACGGGGCAGACGUCAACGCACAGGACAAAGGUGGCCUUAUUCCCCUCCACAACGCGGCCUCGUAUGGGCAUGUGGACAUCGCGGCCCUGCUGAUCAAGUAUAACACCUGUGUAAAUGCCACUGAUAAAUGGGCCUUCACACCCCUUCAUGAAGCUGCGCAGAAGGGCCGCACACAGCUCUGUGCUCUGCUGCUGGCCCACGGGGCUGACCCCACCAUGAAGAACCAGGAGGGCCAGACGCCACUGGACUUGGCGACGGCUGAUGAUAUCCGGGCGCUGCUGAUUGAUGCCAUGCCUCCUGAAGCGUUGCCUAGUUGUUUUAAGCCCCAGGCUACAGUGGUCAGUGCUUCCGUCACCUCUCCAUCAUCCACACCUUCCUGUCUGUCUGCCGCUAGCAGCAUAGACAAUCUGGCCGGGCCCCUGGCAGAGCUGGCCGUACCUGGAGCCUCAGGCCCUGCUGAUGGGGCUACUGGAUCAGAGAGGAAGGAGGGAGAAGUUACAAUUCUGGAUAUGAACAUCAGUCAGUUCCUGAAGAGUUUGGGUUUGGAGCAUUUGCGGGAUAUUUUUGAGCGGGAACAGAUUUCACUGGAUGUGCUGGCUGACAUGGGGCACGAGGAGCUCAAGGAGAUUGGGAUCAACGCUUACGGGCACAGACACAAACUCAUCAAAGGCACUGAGAGGCUGCUGGGCGGUCAACAAGGUGCCAACCCAUACCUGACAUUCCACUGUGCGAGUCAGGGCACGGUGCUGAUCGACCUGGCCCCUGAUGACAAAGAGUUUCAGUCGGUAGAGGAGGAGCUGCAAAGUACGAUCAGAGAGCACAGGGAUGGUGGCAAUGCUGGGGGUGUUUUCAGCAGAUACAACAUCCUGAAGAUUCAAAAGGUGGUGAACAAGAAGCUGAGGGAGCGUUACGCACACAGACAGAAGGAGAUCACAGACGAGAACCACAACCAUCACAACGAGCGCAUGCUCUUUCACGGGUCACCGUUCAUCAACGCCAUCAUUCAUAAAGGGUUUGAUGAGAGGCACGCUUACAUAGGGGGGAUGUUUGGAGCAGGGAUUUACUUUGCAGAGAACUCCUCUAAAAGCAACCAGUAUGUGUACGGCAUUGGAGGAGGGACAGGCUGCCCCACACAUAAAGACCGCUCCUGUUACAUCUGUCACCGGCAGAUGCUGUUUUGCCGGGUGACUCUGGGUAAAUCCUUCUUGCAGUUCAGUGCCAUGAAGAUGGCCCACGCUCCUCCAGGGCAUCAUUCCGUCAUCGGCCGUCCCAGCGUCAACGGGUUAGCCUACGCCGAAUAUGUCAUCUACCGAGGGGAACAGGCCUUCCCAGAGUACCUCAUCAUAUACCAGAUCAUCAAGCCAGACAGCACACCUCCAUCCCCGGCAGAAGCAGAGCAGAAGUCCUAGUCCACACGGGCGGCCCUGCGAAACGCUCAGACUGUUACCCAAACAUCUCACACACAUCCACAGACGCCUCCUCACAUGAUAGGAAUCGCAUCCGCUCACCCAUAAACCUCUGCGCUGCCUCUUUAAUUUGCAGUUAGGCUCCAUUUAUGUCCCUGUGAGUGUUUACAAGAAAGAGUUGCCUUGGCUGGCCGUGUCCUGGCCUUCCUUUUCAGGUCAAGGGUCAGGAUAUCGGCCAUAAUGCUGUUUCAGGGCUAAACGAAAGGACUCGCCUGCUCCGUGAAAGACAACAAGUGACCUCUUCCCCAUCAUUCUAUUCAAUUUAACACUGUUCAAGCAUUAACUUCCUUUCUUUGAAAUGGUUUUACUAUUACUGUGAUUAAUUACCUUUCUGUUGUAUUUUCAUCUGUUUGAUUCACAAUAAUGGACCACGUCUCAAAGGGACCUGACAUUUCAGCAAUCCUCCUUUCCAUUAUUGAAGUUAACUGAAGACCCUGAAAAUCUCAUUGUUGUGGUUUUAAUUUUCUUUAUGCAUUAUUAAAAAAAAGCCAUCAAAAAGAAUGUUGAUGCAGGAAUCAGAACUAUUCAAAAGACCUUUGACCACAAAAUAGCAAAAAUUGUAUGCUUUUAUUCCUUUUUUUUUUUUUACAUAUCUUUGCACAGGAAUACUGGUCAGAAUGUCCCAUUCCAUUGCCAUAGCCCAAAAUGCAUCUUUUAAAGAAUUUGCACUUUUAAGCAUGUCUUAAGUUUAAUUUUAAAAAGACAUAGGUUAAAAAAAAUGUCCAGUAAUGUACAGGUUGUGUAAUGGACAAUGCCUUUGUAUAGCUUUUAAUGUUGUUUACCGAUGCAGAGUGGGUUUUAUUAGUACUGUAAAGGAAGUGGGAAUCUUGUUUUCAGAUCUUUCCUUCUAUAUUUUUGGACGACCAAAUGACUCCGCUUUGGAAGUCGCUGCUUUUGCUUUCGAUAUGUUUUAGAUCACAACCACAAGAAUUCCUCAGUCUUGUUCAUUCCAGUCCUGUUUCUCUGGCGUCAGAGAAACGCCUCUUUUACGAGGGUUUCCGUAACGCUUUUCCUGUUACACACUACUGAUAUCAGAGGCUCGGCUGACUCGCAUUCAUAUUACAGAAUGAAAUGAAGAACGUGGCUCUACCUCUGAAAGUCUCAUGGUUUGGUUGCUUUGCUCAGGUGUAGUUUGUGGUUCUAGACUUGUGUACUGGAGGUCAUCUGCCUUACUCCAGGAUUCUGUGUGUUCAAACCAGAGAGGAAGAGAGCAGACCUUUCUUCUUCUCUUAGUAGUAUGAGCACAGACAUGUCCACUGCUCCCCCCAAGCCAAUAUUUGGGAGACCAACUCCUGAACUAUUUCUCAAUUCUUUGAGCUGUAUUUUUACUUCAUUUCCAUGUUCCUGUGAACUCUAAUCAGAAACGGCUUGUCUACCAUAAGCCAUCUUCGGACUAAUCAAACACUCCUCAAUCAUGUAAAAAGGUCUUAAUAAAGUACGUCAUUAA